AUGCUCCAACAGUCCUUUUUGGUAGCCACGAUACUCCUGUUAUCCUGCGCUUUAGCUCAAACAUUCAGCGCGUGCAAUCCCCUCCAUGCAACUAAUUGUCCUCCAGACCCGGCUCUUGGUAAAACAAUAAAUGUUAACUUUUCCAAUGGCCCAGGAGAUGCCUUUGUUGCAUCUUCGAGUCCCACUUAUGACACAGAUGGAGUUCACUUUUCAGUUGCAAAUUCAGGAGAUGCACCUCAGCUAACGAGUAAAUUUUACAUUAUGUUCGGGAAAGUUUCAAUCAAUCUGAAAUCUGCCCCAGGGGCAGGCAUUGUAAGCUCGAUCGUCCUUCAGUCCGAUGAUUUAGACGAGAUUGAUAUUGAGUUGCUUGGAGCAGACGACUCGCAAAUGCAAACAAACUACUUCGGAAAAGGGAAUACGGGAACGUAUAAUCGUGGGGCUAUCAAUCCCACAGCAAAUAACCAAGAUGAAUUUCUCACUUACACAAUAGAGUGGACACCUAAUCAAAUAACCUGGGCUGUUGGCGGUAGGGUUGCUCGAGUUCUGACGCCAGAUACAGCGCAGAAAAAUCAGUACCCACAGACACCAAUGCAAGUCAAGUUUGGUGUUUGGUCAGCGGGUGAUCCCAGUAACUCGGCAGGGACGAUUGAUUGGGCACGAGGUCCAACUGAUUAUUCGAAAGCCCCGUUCACUAUGAGCGUAAAGUCUAUUUCAGUAACAGACUACUCAACGGGGACUCAAUACAAGUACGGUGAUUCUAGUGGAAAUUGGGAAUCAAUCGUUGCAGACGGUGGAAAAGUUUAUGGAAAUUCUGCGGGAGCAGGAGGUCGUGUUGCAUCGGCAGACAUGCCGUCAGUAACUUCUGCACCACCUUCAAUUCCACAAGGAUUGGGGAAAGAUCACAAUUCUACAUCGACCAUGACCGAAUGGCCAUGGGUUGCCACAACCACAACAUCAGCAAUAUCUCAGGCUACCACCCAUGUUAAUGGGCUGCCAGAUGGAUGGACAGUUAAUCCUUCCGGGAAAGUAGUACCUUCAGAUUCUGUAGCAGAUCAUCUCUCACAAAAAUCUUCAUCUCCUCCAUCAUUGGACUUGGACUCUCGAUAUGAUGGACAGGACUUCGAUGAAUUUAACAUAACUCGUGAAGCCUAA